GUCCGUGAGACCAGAGGACUCUCGAGCUCACGAUGGCGUUCCGGCUGCUCGCGCGGAGAGUUUCUCGCAUCUCCGUGAAGGAUGUGCGCGUCCUCGUUCUCCCCAGCAGCAGCUCCAGCAGGUCCUCGUUCUCCUCCUGUUUUCGUGCCGCACCGCCUCUCCUCUCACGCUCGAUCCCGCGACUCCCGUACAUCACCAGCAGAAGUGUGUCGUUUAACGUGCAGGAUCACGACGACUUUACAGAGAGGGUGAUCAACAGCGAGCUGCCCGUGCUCAUCGACUUCCACGCUCAAUGGUGUGGUCCCUGUAAAAUCCUCGGCCCGCGGCUGGAAAAGGCCAUCGCCAAACAGAAGGGUCGAGUCACCAUGGCCAAAGUGGACAUCGAUGAACACACAGACCUCGCCAUCGAGUAUGGGGUGUCAGCGGUCCCCACGGUGAUUGCCAUGCGGGGCGGUGAUGUCAUCGACCAGUUUGUGGGCAUCAAAGAUGAAGACCAGUUGGAUACUUUUGUGGAGAAGCUGAUUGGCCAGUGAAGCUGUCAGUCUCCGCCCGCCCGCAGCCCCGCCCACCUGCCACUCAAACUCCAUCACACGCAAUGACAGACACGGAAAAUCUUCAUCCAGGAACGGCUGCACUUCAUUAUAUCUGUGUGUGUGUGUGUGUGUGUGUGUGUGUGUGUGUGUGUGUGUGUGUGUGUGUGUGUGUGUGUUUGUUUGUGUUUGUUUGUUUAGAGCAGGGGUGUCCAAUCUCAGACCUGGAGGGCCGGUGUCCUGCAAAGUUUAGUUCCAACCCCAAUCAGACACACCUUGGCUAGCUAAUCAAGCUCUUACUAGGCUUUCUAGAAACAUCCUUGCAGGUGUGUUGAGGCAAGUUGAAGCUAAAAUCUUCAGGACACCGGCCCUCUAGGACUGAGUUUGGACACCUGAAGCAGAUGUUUACCACAGAACAGAUGUAGUAAAUGUUCAUCCGGUCCACAAGAGGGCGACUUUUCUCUGUUUUACACCUGAAUGCCUACUAAUGUGAAAGAGUGUGUUUGUUUCGCUUUUUCUUUCUUUUCUCUUUUCUUUUUUUCUUUUUUUUUUUAGUCUGACUGUGAAUUCGAGCUGGAUGCAUGGGAUUGAUAAACUGUAAUAUAUCAAAACUAGACAACUUGAGCUAUAAAUAAAGCAACUGUAUGAUAUUUAACUCACA